UCAUUUUCGCUUAUCGAAAAUUUAAUAAAUUCUGUACGAAUGCUGAACUUGGUGCUAUAUAAAAAGCAAUUAGAAUAUAUACUUACUUAAUAAGGAAAAAAAAACCGCGAAACAAUAAUACAUACAAGUAAUAAUAAACAAAAGCGAAAAGUGCUAUUGCUAUGUUUUGUGCUAUGGAAGCUAACUGCCAACGCUUGCCAUUUUUAAUCUAAGCAAAUCUGUUAAGGCAUCUACACGGAAUUCAAAGAACACAAAAAUCGAUUAUUAAUUUUAACAAUUGCACAAAAGCCGAAACGUGUGAACUGCUUACUACGUACGUAUCGAAUGCAGAAAAUCGUUGAGGCAGAGUAAAUAGCAUUUAAACCCAAUAAGAAAAAAAAAGUAUUGGUGCCACUUGGGCAGUGAUUGCAUAAGCGAAAGUGCAACGAAAACGGUAUGCUUUUACCGCAGCUGACAACGGAACAAACAAUUUUUGUUGGUCAGCACGAAAAAAGAGAAAGGAAUCGUAUUUUAAGCUGUAGGGGCAAUUGAGGAAAAUUGAAAAAUUUCAGCCGAAAAAUCGUGAUUGAAGAAAAUUGAAGAUAAAACCGACGAUAUGGAGCAUUUGGAUUUGGCAGGUGUGAUCAGCACGCCAACACUAUGGAAUAUGUCGGCAUUCGAUCAACAAGAUGCCAUUUACUUGUCCAGCUCACGACAAAUGCUCGAGCCCAUACUCGAAGAAACGUCGGAGGAUGAGGAGCACGCGCAAAACAGCUGGAAUCAGUAUGAGCAGGGCAGAGAACAUUUUUGGAGCUCCACUGAAUCGGAGACUGGCUCUGUCAUAAGAAUCGAAGUUAAUAAAGAUCCCGAUUCGAUUUCAGAGCGCGAUUUCGCCUGUCCUGCUAAGCGCGCACGUCGUUGCGACGAUUUCAUCAUAGGCGGCCAGCUAUCCACAGUCGUCCAAUCGGCCACACAACAGCCUCCUCAACAGCAGCCGCCGACUUCGGGCAGCUUUGAUGAUACUGUGCUGUUGCGCCGCACCCAGCGCCCGUGCGACUACAAUGAGGCGAACAGCAAUAGCCUAGAACGCUUUCUGGCCUAUGAGGCCUGCACACGCGACAGUUGGGGUCAACAAUCGCAACCAGUGUUGCAGCAGCAGCAGCAACGCAACAGUACUGGCAGCCGGCGUUUCGAUGAAUUCUCCGAUUCGGAUAGCAUUUCCUACCACUCACUCAGCCGUUCGUCCUCGCUGAUACAAUUCGAGUCGUUGGAGCGUCAGCUACAGCUGCAGGAGCAGCACGCGAGCAUGUCCAGUUUGGGCAACUCAUCGCCCUCAUUGCUAAGCUUCGAUGGCGCGCGCAGCACUGGUGCUUUGAAUGGCAGCGAAGAUGGCGUGCGUAGCGGCGCUAAUAGUGGCAGCAACUCUGGCAACAAUAGCCGUCGUGGCUCACAAAUUUCGCUGCUUAAGCGCUUCGAGUCGUCCGAUGGGCGACUGCAUCAGACUUACUUCGAUUUAGAUAAGCUGAAUUUUGAUGAUGACCAGCGCGUGCUAUUCGGUGGUGCUAGCAAAUCGAAUUUGAUGGAGGCUACUGUGGGUGAGGUGAAAUCAGAUUCGGAAUCAUCUACCAGCUCGGGCAGCUCAUCAGGCAACAGUAUUUUGACGGCAUCGAAGCCAUCAGCGGAAGAUUUAACAGACUCGAGCAGCACGGCGUGCACGCGCGCCGGACGCAUGAUGGCAUUUCAGCGCGCAGGCAAAAGUUCGGCAGAAAAUCUUUCCGAAGACUCGGGCUACUGCGAGCCGUCGACACUGCGGCGCACCAAAUCGAAAAGUAUACCAAAAAAUUUCGACAAAUUCUGCGAGGAAGAAGAGGAAUUCCAGCAGUAUGACUACGCGUCGGAACGGCAUGCGUUUGAGGACGUUGACAGUGUGACAGAAACAACACAUCAACAACAACAACUGCAGCAACAACAUUCCAAAAACAAUAUCAUCAACAACAAUUUAGGCGGCGAUGUCGCGUGUACAAAGCAUUACGUCGUCGUAGGACAUGAAAUAUGUCAGCCAAAAAUAAAUGACGCCACAUUCAUCGUAGCAGCAGCGGCGGACGACGAAGACUACGAAACAUCAUUCAAUGCGCGAACCACACCACCGCCACUACAAACAUCUCAACGGCCAGCAGCCAGCAAGUGUGAUGAAGGAGAGCAUGCGGCAGCAGACGACCACGAAGGCGACGUCUAUGAUGUAGAGGAGGAAUUCGACGGCGAGGAGCAUGAUGUACAUACAGAAGCUAUUGGUACGCGCCAUGUAUUGGCGUGUCCACGCUAUGAACGUGUUAAAAAUAGCCCAACGCGAGAGGCGACGACUACCGCCAUGCUACUCGAACAGCGCCGCUCGUUGGCGCACUCGCCUUCGCCUGUGGCAUCCGAUGUCUCCUCAUCAUCAGCAUCAUCGUCGGGCAGCAGUUGCGGCACAACGCGAUCCUCCACCUCGGCAUCGACAUGCGCCUCAGCCGCCUCAUUCACAUGGCUACCAACACCGAGACAGUUGCAACAGCAACAACACCAACUACAACUACAGCUACAAUUAGAACGAACGCAGCAACGGCAAUCGUCAACAACCUCCAAUUCAGAGCUAUUAGCAGCGCAACAUCAGCAUCGAUCGACUCUCGAGAAUUUUUGUGCAAGUCUACGAAACAGUUUGCCAGAUAUACGCGACGCGUUAGGUACUACAACCUGCAAAACUGUUAUCGAAACAGAUUUUCCUGUAUUUUCGGAAGAACGCACCGACAACAGCGACGCAAACGGCAACGGGCUGGAGCAUUUACGGAGCGAAACGAAGACGUUGGAAAGUGAAAUUAGGUGCACUGACGAACGGUCAACGGGUGGCACAACGAGUCGACCGUGCAAUUUAGACGAUUCGGACUUGAGUACGACAUCGGCAUCGCCGCGUGAAAGUCACAGUGACGAAACGGGCGAAGAAUCGACGCCAGAGGCUAGAAAGCGACAACGCGUCUACAACAGUGGCAGUGGUGGUGGCGGUGGUGGUAGAGCUGUGGCCGAAAGUAGUUGUAUUGGUGGUUACGUCACCGGUGGACGGCGCAUUUCGAGUGUACCAAGUGAACUGAAUAAAUUGGGACGCAAAAAGCGUGUGAACACACGUCACAGACAUUGCAAAUCGUCACCGGAAGAGGAUAUCGCAACCGAGACUAGCCCCAGCAGCUCCAGUGUAGAAGAGGCAGAGGACGAGGACUUUUUCGACACUGCGACAUCGUUGAAAAUACGACGUAGUUGCAGUUGGUCAGAGCGGCGCGAACGGAAUUUGCAGCGGUUCGAGGCGGCGUUCGGCAGUAGACCGCAGCGUGAGGGCGGCAGGCAUUGGGCUACACAAUCGUUGGGUUAUAUGAACGCCAGCUAUCAGGAUUUAACGCAAUUGGAUUAUUCGCGGAAACAACUGGAAGGAGAUUUGCAGCAGCGUAUCAGCGCACAGUCUAAUUUAAAGCGUUGCAGCGAUUAUUUGGCUAGUGACGGCGAACGCGACGUCGACAUCAACAGCAACAGCGACAACAUGGACACGCCCAAGAGCACGGCCAGCGCUGAUUAUGAGAAUAUUAUUUGCAAAGGCAAUUUCUUGCUCGAUGAACUUUCACAAAUAUACGACCGCAAUGCUUCGAUUUUGAACGAUAAACCGAUUGACGGCGAAGAGCAGUUGUUGUUGUUGCCCAACGCAGCAGUAAAUGUUGCGGAUCGUCCCAGCUGCAGUCCGCGCCCACCACCUCGUCAGCGCAAGCACUCCAACUCGAGUUACUCGGAUUUGGACAGUGUUGGCGGUAGCGCCGGUUGCGCCGACGAGCAGGUGGAUUCAGCAGCGCAGCAUGUGCAAUUGACCAUACGCAAGCCUCCCGCGCGUCAAAAGCACGCACGCAAAUCGGAGGCCACUCACAGUUUAGUUAGCGACGUGCAGCUCUUUUCCAUUGAGACGCCUACCACGCACACAACAACAGAGUCCUACGGCAAGACAUUCGAUCAAGAUCCCACUAAUUUGCGCACAAGUUACGCGCAGAGUUUAGAGAAAUGCAAUUUCGAUCCCAAGGAGUUGAGCAACACUGAGUUGAAUAAAACGAAUGCAAUACCAAAGCGGCGCUUCCACUCGCAAGCAAGCGCCACAAAGCAGCGCAACAUGGUGUCUAGCACGCCCAACUUGAAUGCCUACGAUCCACACGCAGACGAAAUGGAGGACGACAUGUACGUAUCAAGCGCGCACACCUCCAUGCAUCAGCUGCCGCAGACCACAGCGCAAAAGCCGCUGGGCAUACUGCUGUCCGCAGGCUCGCGCACCUCCUUCAGCAAAGAAGUGAGCUUCUGCCCGGUCGUGUCGCAAUACUCCUGGCAGGAGCAGUCCUCUGAGGAAUAUGCCGAACAACAGCAGCAGCUGCAGCAGGAGCGCGAGAACGCGCAGCAGGAGGAAACAGAUGAUGAAUUGCUGGACAAUGCGGACGCCACAGUCAUACAAAAUACGCGUGUGAAUGAAAUUAUUGCCGCGCGCUAUGCGGCUGAACUUAAGAGCGCGCUCGCCGCGGGCAAUGCCACUAAGAGUGUGGCGCAAAUUAGAGCGGUGCCCAUUGAGAAAGUAAGAGCAAUGAUAAUUGUAAGAGAGCGUCAAGUGGCAGCCGAAGAGCAAGACAGAGAGCGCGCACGCAUGCAAGAGCAAGGCGCGCUGGAAGAGAGCGUGCUACUAGAACAGGUAGAGAGUGUAGCCGUGGCAAAAACAUCGCACAAAGCCAGCGGAGACUACAGCGCUGAAACAAAGGGAGAAGCAUUAAAACUCGACUCAAACGCGCCAGGCGAGGUAGCUGGCGCUGCAACUGACUACAACGAAACGGUGAACGCUGGAACAGUGAAUGUGAAUGUUAGUCACAAAUCGACGAUCAUUGAUGCAACAACGAAUAUUGUGAAAGCGGAACAAACGACGGUCGCACAAAAAUCAAGUGGCGCAAAUAACGAAGCAAUCAAAAACGACGCCGCGUCGCAAUCUAAUCGGAAUAGUAGUUUCAGCGAAGGUGCAAGUGGAGGCGGUGCUAGCGCUAAAGAUAACGCCAGUGUUAGUAUUUGUAGCGGUAAUGAACAAACGCGUCCGCUCAGCAUACACCUGCCGAUACUGAGUGAGCCGCCCGUAAAUCGCGCGCAUCACAUCUUGUACGCGUCUCAGCAGCUGCUCGACAAUUUCGAGCGGCGCCAAAGUGAGCAAUAUUACUAUCAAAAUAACGUUAAUAAGAGUGAAAGUGAGGUAGGGGGCAGCGUAACAGAUAGGCGUACUAAAAGUGUUGGUAAUUUGAGUGUUGCGCAAACGACGCGCUACAAAAUGUCUAACGCCACAGUGGGUGCGGGUGUGGGUGGCCAAAGUGGCAGCGCUGCUACAGCGGCAGCAAACAAUAACAAUGAGCUAUUGAAUAGGAAAUUCAAGGAUGAAAAACAUCCCAGUUCGAAGGGCUUUCUGUCGCGUUUUGCGCAUGGCUUGCGCUUCUCCUUGAGGCGCAAGAACAAAAAACAAUUGCAGCAGCAGCAACAACAGCAACAGCAAAAAGAGUGGCAGGAGCAGCAGAGCGGUGAGCAAAAUGGGGUGGAUAAAUCUACGAUGCGUAAAAGUUUCGGUAAGUCGGCAACACUGCCACAACAACAACAGCGACAAGCAAUUGCACAACAGUUGCCGUCGUCCUCAUCUACAACAAAUAAAACUAAGCGCGCGUCCGCUCAGAGUGGACCCGACUAUAUAUACAUACCGUUAAAAGGUCCUAUACCACCAGCAGGUACACAACCACCACCACCACCAUCGGUUAUGACUGCCGCGAACGGUGGCGGCGGCGGCGGCGCCUCCGCUACACUACCGGCCAACUUUAGCCCAGCUGAUGCAAAAGUUGGCGCCAAAGGCCAACAAACGCUGACAGCUACUCCAAACAAACCAAACAACAGCACCACCAACAAUAACAACACGAACAACAACUCUACUAUCAACUCGAACCGCAGCGGCAGCGACAUGAGUGAUAUGCGUGCCAUUACCGAUAAAAAUGGUGAGCCGCUCGUUACCGGCAAGCCGCCGAAGCCCUAUCGUUACGGCACCGUACCGGCCACCACCUCAAGCACGACUAUUAUAACCAAAUACUUUGGCAGUGGCCGGCGACAGGGCGGUGGCGGUGUGCCGGCACAUGCGCACAAGGAUGGCACGGGUACAUCAAAUGCAGCCAACUUCAAGUCGCGUAGCCAAUUCUACACUGAUUUUCUCGAUGCCGAACGUUCGUACUAUGCUGAUGAAGAAAUCGAAAAACAGUUAGAUGCGGGCUUGCAAGCGAACGGCAACACCGCUGUCACAUCAACGCCAAUAAACGUGCACGCGUCCGCUAACGUGCUCAAAGAUACGAACGUAGUAGUAACGCCGCAACAACAAGAUAGCGUACGCGAAACAAAUAAUUCUAGUGUACCGGUUAGUGUUGCAGCAGCAGCAGCAGCAGCACGCGAAUAUAGUGUGGAGUACGAAACUCCUUCGACAGCACAAGAGACGGCUCAAAGCGGUUAUUCCUUGCCGGGUGUAGCACGCGAAACCGUUAUGCUAUUAACAACCGGUGGUUCCCCCGGUGGUGUCGCUGCCGCUAGCAGCGAUGGGAACGCGCGCGUCGUUGCGCCCACCUAUACAACCAUGUCGAAUGCGUAUUUGCAGCACACCAAUAAUAACAACAAAAUCGGGUUGAUCGAAACGAAUUUGGAUACGCAUGAAACGGUUAUAUCGGGUAAGACGCGUUCCUUGGUGGAUAUCGUCGGUCCACAACAGCAUCAACAACAACAAUACGCUCUUGUUGGCGGUCGGGGCGUCGGUGCCAUCGGUGGCGGCGUGCCAAAACGGUUGAAUAUGAGCGCGGCGUGUGGUGACGAUGCGGAUUAUUUUGAAGGCGAUUUGGAUGAGGAUGAUGUACGUGUGUAUGGUGUGCACGAUGUUGGUGGCCGCGGUGGUGCUGUUGUCAUCAAAUCAACAACGGCGAAUGGUAGUCAAAUUGCGUCGGUGCGUCGACCGCACAAAAGCAUGGAGUUCCUGUUGGAUAAGGAGAAUCAGAAGAAUGUUUUGACCCCUUAAACAGAGUUUUCUCCUAAGCAGUCUAAGUUGUCGAAGGAGUGGUCCCCAGAAAUUCGUGGUGGUUUCUUCGAAGCACUGUGCACUCAUAUAGAAGCUGAUGGUUGCAUUCUAAAUUUUUCUCAUCUCUACAAAUUCUAUAGCCAUAUACAUAUGUAUGUCCAUAGAUAAAUAGCAAUCGCUGAAGAUGAAGAACUUCUGUGUGUUACGACUGCCCUAAUAAUAGCAGCUUAGUCGCAUAAGAAACAAUAAAUCAAUGCUAGUAAAAUUUGCAAAUGAAUACCUAAAAUUUAGAAAUAAAAAAGAUGUCUAAAAAUUUUGUUCCCAGCUAUGAAAAAUAGCCCCAAUUAAUGUGUCCGUGAAUAUAAAUAAAUAUUAUGUAAAGAGAUCAUCAAAC